AUGGCUGACGUCUGCGAUUGCGUUUGGAUAGGCAUCACCGAGGCUUUCAAGGCCGACAGCUUCGACAAGAAGAUCAACCUCGGUGUCGGCGCCUACCGUGAUGACAAGGGCAAGCCGUACGUGCUGCCGUCGGUCAGGCAGGCCGAGGAGAAGGUGGUGUCGUCGCGCAUGAACAAGGAGUACGCAGGCAUCACGGGCGUGCCCGAGUUCACGGCGGCGGGUGCCAAGCUGGCCUAUGGCGGCAACAGCGACGUGCUCAGCCGCACGGCCGUGACGCAGUCCAUCUCGGGCACCGGCGCCCUCCGCAUCGGCGGCGCCUUCCUGGCCAAGUGGUACCCCGGCGCCAAGACGGUCUACCUGCCCAACCCGUCGUGGGCCAACCACGCCGCCGUCUUCAACCACUCGGGGCUCAAGGUGGAGAAGUACCGCUACUACAACAAGGACACCAUCGGGCUCGACUUUGAGGGCCUGGUGGCCGACGUCAAGGCCGCGCCCAAGCGCAGCAUCUUCCUCUUCCACGCCUGCGCCCACAACCCCACAGGUGUCGACCCGACGCAGGAGCAGUGGCGCGAGAUCGAGGCGGCCGUCAAGGGGGCCGGCCACUACGUCUUCUUCGACAUGGCCUACCAGGGCUUCGCUAGCGGCGACGUCGAUCGCGACGCCUUUGCCCUGCGCCACUUUGUCGCCCAGGGCCACAACGUCUGCCUGGCCCAGUCCUUUGCCAAGAACAUGGGCCUGUACGGCGAGCGCGCGGGAAUCUUUUCCGUCGUGACCGAGUCCGCCGAGGAGAAGAAGCGUGUGGACUCGCAGAUCAAGAUCCUCGUCCGCCCUAUGUACUCGAACCCACCCAUCCACGGCGCCCGCAUCGCGGCCGAGAUCCUCAACACCCCGGCCCUGCACAAGCAGUGGCUUGGCGAGGUCAAGGAGAUGGCCGACCGCAUCAUCACCAUGCGCGCCCUGCUCAAGGAGAACCUGGAGAAGCUGGGGUCCAAGCACGACUGGUCCCACAUCACCAGCCAGAUCGGCAUGUUCGCCUACACCGGCCUCAGCGCCGCCGAGAUGGACACGCUGGCCAAGGAGCACUCGGUCUACGCCACCAAGGACGGCCGCAUCUCGGUCGCCGGCAUCACGAGCGACAACGUCGGCCGCCUGGCCGAGGCCAUCUUCAAGGUCAAGGGUUAG